UGUAAUUGGAACUUGAAAUGGGAAGCAAAGGUCGACUUCCACCUCCUCACCUACGGCGCCCUCUGCCUGGCUUUGGCAUGGUGCAUCCCGAUCCUUUUGGUCCUGGAAUACGUACUCCACCUGGUGCAUUCCCUCCUUUUGAUAUGUUGCCACCACCCGAAGUUAUGGAACAGAAGCUUGCUGCACAACAUGUGGAGAUGCAAAAACUGGCAACAGAAAACCAGAGGCUUGCUGCUACCCAUGGAAACUUGAGACAAGAACUUGCUGCUGCACAGCAUGAGCUGCAGAUGUUACAUGCUCACACAGGAGCCGUGAAGUCUGAGAGAGAACAGCAGAUGAGAGGCCUUAUGGAGAAGAUUGCAAAGAUUGAAUCUGAACUGCAAGCCGCAGAACCCAUUAAAAUGGAGUUGCAGCAGGCACGAGCGGAUGCCCAGUCUUUGAUUUUGGCAAGGCAGGAACUCAUUUCUAAAGGGCAACAAUUGACCCAGGAUCAUCAAAGGGUGCACUCAGAUGUGCAGCAGAUUCCUGCUCUGAUGUCAGAACUCGAGAGCCUCAGACAAGAGUAUCAGCAUUGCAGGAUUACGUAUGAUUAUGAGAAGAAAUUGUACACUGACCAUCUUGAAUCUCUUCAAGUGAUGGAGAAGAAUUAUAUGGCCAUGGCCAGAGAGGUGGAAAAACUUCGUGCAGAGUUGGCUAAUGCGGCUAACCUUGACAGAAGAACUGGUGGGCCUUAUGGUGGCACUACUGGAUAUGAUGAGAAUGAUGCUACUGGGCAUCACCCUGUUGGACAAGGUGCCUAUGGUGUUUCCCAGGGAAGAGGCCCCCUUCCUGCAGGGGGUAGUGGGGGUGGAGCCGCCGCUACCGCCGCUGCUGCUUUUGGCGGUGCUCCUAAUGUUGGAGCUCAAUCUGGACUCUCACCUAACACUGGUUAUGAUGCACAAAGAGCUGCUGGUGGACCUGGUUAUGAUAUACAGCGAGUAGCUGGUGGACCUAGCUAUGAUUCGCAGAGAGGAGCCGGUGGACCUGGAUAUGAUGCACAGAAAGGACCUGGAUAUGAUGUGCAUAGAGGACCCAGUUACGAUAUGCAGAGGGGACCCGGCUACGAUGUGCAGAGGGCACCUGGCUACGAUGCACAGAAGGGACCUGGAUAUGACGUCCAGACGGUACCUGGCUACGAUGCGCAGAGGGGACCCAGCUAUGAUGUACAGAGAGGAUCCAGUUAUGACACCCAUAAACUUACUGGUUAUGAUGGACAGAGAGGACCCGUUUAUGAUGCACAGAGUGGACCUGGAUAUGAGACACAAAGAGGACCGGGUUAUGAUCCACAGAGAGGACCCAAUUAUGAUACCUCAAAGGGAACUGGCUAUGAUGCAUCAUCCAGAGGUGCUGUUGGACCUCAAGGUCAGGUAGCACCUGCAAACAACGCACUUUAUGGAUCUGCAACAAUGCCUACUCUCGCUGGAAGUGGUUAUGAGGCAGCACCACGAGGCGGGAACCCUGUUCGUAGAUGAGCUGGAGACGCCGCUCAGUUUAUCUUCUUAGAUAUUUAUUGGAGGAGUGCCCGUCGGAAUUUGCAUCUCUUUCAUUUGCUCGUUGGAGAUGUUCUACCUGGCAUGUUGAAUUAUGAUCAAGGUGUUGACAGAAGUUCUACAUUUAUGGAGUAAUAUGGGGAUGAAAGUAAUUAAUUCAUGCCAUGUUUGGAAGACAAUAACAAUUUGUAAUUGGAAGUGGAAGCUUUUGUCUUUUGCACGGCCUUUUGCAUUCUCGUUGGUACUACACUUGAUGCAUCUAUUGUUACAUUUGCUGAGGAUUUGUAUUGGGAUAUUACUUUCUGUAGCCUGCCCACUCGAUUAGUUAAAAUUUCCAUUGAUGAGAAAUGGAUCAGAAGUCGAAUGCCUUGCUUGUUCCCAAUUUUCCUUGCCUUAGGAUGGGUUGGCAACCCACUAGAGUAUGCUUUGUACAAUGAUUCAUACAAUCCGAAAAUUCCCAGAAAAUAUAUAAUUUCACAAUUGAAAAUGUAUAAUUCUUCUGGUACUGGUAGUGUGUUAGUCAAUAUAU